GAGUUCCGGAUUGCUCAAUUGUUUGUUGAUGCGCUCGGUGGGGCCACCUUGGAUGCUUCUGGUCUUGACGGAGACACUCUGGGCAGGCUUCGAACCCCUCGCAUGCAGCUGCCUGAGCUCGAUGCUGGCCAUCUGGCUGGCAUGCGCAUGUAUCUCGCCCGAGGCGACGCUUCCGAGGACAACUACACGGACGUCCGAGCAGCCAUGACGGAGUACCUCAAGGCUUCCUCCACACCUGGCCCCGCGAUCCCGACCUAUGAGCAGGUCAAGCGGCUCGUGGGGCAGGUCACAGGGGUCACUGCCGUGCGGACGGACAUGUGCCCCAACUCAUGCAUUGCGUACACGGGCCCUUUUGAGAAUCUUCUCGAGUGCCCUUACCCGCACUGUCGGCAGCCGCGCUACGAGCUUGUUGGCCUGGAUCGCUUGAAGCGCGUUCCGAGGCGAACGUUUUUGACGUUCCCCCUUGGCCCGCAGCUCCAGAGCUUGUGGGCGUCCCCAGGCACGGCCCUCAAUAUGCGUCACCGUAGUCGCGAGACGCAGCGCAUCAUCGCUGAGGUACAGGCCAGGCAACGCCAAGGGAGUACGGAGACCUUUGCUAUGGUCGACGACCUGUACUAUGGAGCGGACUAUCUCCGCGCUGUUGCGGCCGGGGAGAUUGGUCCUGAUGACAUGGUCCUGAUGUUCUCCCUCGAUGGUGCUCAGCUCUACGCCUCCAAACAAUCUGAUACAUGGUUUUAUAUCUGGGUCCUCCUCGAUCUCUCCCCCACGUUGCGCUACAAGAAGCGUUACGUCCUCCCUGGUGCCGUCAUCGGAGGUCCCAACAAGCCCCGGAACAUCGAUUCCUUCCUCUUCCCCGGACUGUUUCAUCUUGCGGCGUUGCAGCGCGAGGGACUCCAGGUCUGGGAUGCUUCUCAACAACGUCAAUUUGUAUCUUUUGUCUUCCUCCUUCUUGGAACUGCCGACUCUCCUGCGAUGGCCUAUCUCAAUGGGCUUGUCGGGCACAACGGGUGUCAAGGCUGCCGUCUGUACUGUGGACAGGUUGGCCGCCGAAAACCUCAUCAUCCCACGUACUAUCCCGCGCUCCUGCGUCCGCGCGACGAUCACGACGGUCCCCCCAACAUGUCGCUUCGGGUGCAAACCUUGGCCGAUUCAGCUGCGGCGCAGCAGCGCUACAAGGAGAACCUCGUGCGCGUCAAGGGCGCGAGGAACAAGGCCGAGUAUACCCGUUUGCGCCUGGAGACAGGCAUCGCGAAGCCGAGUCUCUUCAGCGGGCUGCCUCGUUUCCUCGGUGUGCCGGGUGGGUUCGCCCUUGAUCUCAUGCACCUCAUUUCCCUCAAUCUGACAGACCUUAUCAUGUCCCUCCUCCGCGGCACUCUCACCUGCGAUUCUCCCGAUGACAAGUCCACCUGGGACUUCGCGAUCUUCCUUGAUCAGGACCUGUGGCGGCAACAUGGCCAACUGGUGGCCGAUGCGACUCGAUAUCUCCCUGGUUCUUUUGACAGACCUCCCCGCGACCCCUCCAAGAAGAUUUCGAGCGGGUACAAGGCCUGGGAAUUCCUGCUCUAUGUUUACGGCCUACUCCCAGGGCUCCUCCGACACAUCCUUCCCCCCGUCUACUAUCAACAUUUCUGCCGCCUGGUCUAUGGUGUUCGCAUUGUUCUUCAGUUUCGUUUCCGCCCUAGACUUGACUUGCCAGCUGCACACACAUCAUUUGUUCAGUACAUCGAGGAAUAUGAACACUUGUACUACCAACGCCGCAGGGAGCGCCUCCAUUUCGUGCGGCCGAGUUUGCAUUCACUUGGUCACAUUGUCCCGGAGGCGACGCGCAUCGGACCUGGGGCACUCCAUUCACAAUGGACACUCGAGAACUUUAUUGGGAACAUCACACGCGAGAUCAAGCAGCACGUUACACCGUAUGCUAAUGUGUCAGAGCGCGCUUUGCGGCGCUGCCAGAUCAAUGCUUUGAAGGCCAUGAUACCCUCGCUCGCUGAACCCGAAUCUACACUCCCACAGUAUGCCGAAGAACUUGGAGAUGGGUAUGUCCUUCUCACCGCUAGGGACUCCCGCCAUCGCGUUGUCCCCCCCCUUGAGGCACGUGCCUUGCGCGACUUUGUUCGCCACGAGGGCAUCCACCUUCAGGACCCCAACUGGGCCGCUCCUGUGCUACGCUGGGCCCGACUGCGUCUUCCCAAUGGGCAGGUAGCCCGUUGUGGGUGGAAGGAGAUCGCCUUAGAGGCCCGGGGGCGAAAGCCACGGCGCGCCCGGAUGGUCAAGCUCCGAGAUGAGCGGUUCGCAGAGGUCCAAUAUUUUUUCCGCAUGGACUUGCAUGGUCACACUGAGACUCUGGCUAUGGUUGCCUGGUUUACGCCACCAGACAAGGACAUUCUAACGUUCUCUCGGGGGACACUACUAGCAUGCCAGCACUUAGGUGAUUCGUCGCGCGCGGUCAUCUUUGCGAAACAGAUCGUCUCUGUGAUCGCCAUGGUUCCCCUGCCUUUGUCAUCGCAAGAAGCUCAGCAGCCUCGUGCAGAUGUGCUGUACAGGGAUCGUUUUUACGUCGUAGAAAAACCGGGUUUGGAUGUUGCCAGAAUGGCUGGA